GCCCAUGUGGUGGUAUAGGUCGUUUCACUACGUUCCAGUGCUAUUCAGUUUGUCAUGGAGUUUACCGGUGUCUGAAAAGAAUCGAGGACCCAACAACAUUUCCCUUCUAUAAUAUCAACUGAAUAGAAUUUUUGUCAUUUUACAUUUCAAUUUUUAUAUUUCUAAAUAAAUAAAUAAAAAAAAAAAUGUCUUUCCUUGGCAUAAAAUAUAAACUCGCACAGAGUGAAAAUUUCGAAGAGCUCAUGAAGGCUUUAGGUGUUGGACUCAUGACGCGAAAAAUGGGAGCGGCAGUGAGUCCAAUUGUUGAAGUUACCCUCGAUGGUGAUGAAUAUACAAUGAAUACAACGAGCACUUUUAAGAAUUCGGAAAUCAAAUUUAAACCGGGUGUUGAAUUUGAUGAGGAAACACCUGACGGAAGGAAGGUCAAGACAACAAUCACCGUUGACGGAGAUAAAAUGACUCAAAUUCAAAAAGGCGAUAAAGAUACAAUCAUUGAACGAGAAUUUACACCUACUGAAAUGAAAGCCAUAAUGAAGGUGGAUGACAUUGUCUGCACGAGAAUUUACAAAGCACAAAAUUAAUUAUAUAUCUUUUACGAGAGAAAUAAUAUAAUCGACGAUAUAUUAUAAAAAAUAAUGAUCUGCACAAGUUUUAAGAAUGGAAAUUUCAUUCACAUUAUUAUUAUUAUUGAGAAAGAAAAAAAAAAUUAAGGAAAAAAAAGAAGAAUAAAAUAUUUCUUCAUUAUAAAAAUAAUAAAAAUUUGAACAAAAAAAAAUGUAUUUUUCGCCGCAAAACGCAUUCCUCUUGUUCACCUGUUUUUCUCAUCAGGUAGUCGAGACUGCUUGUCAUGCAUUUUUCACAAUAAAGCUUUUUUUUAUUUAAAAAAAAAAA